UACAAAUAUCAAGAUGGCGUUCCUUCAUUGGAACUGCGAAGACGUCGGGAAAUGGAUAGAGUCCCUUGGAUAUUCACAUUACACGGCAUGUUUCGUAGAGAAUGGCAUCACGGGCAGGAAGCUCAUUCAUAUGAAUUGUCGUACUUUGCCCAAAUUAGGCAUCACCGACUUUGAAGAUAUGAAGGCCAUAACGAGGCCUCUCUGUGCUGUGUGUGUCGCCCCCUGCAGGCCAUCUCAGCGCACGUGCGGGAGCUGCUGGGCGUGUCUGAGCCGCUGUGGGGCCGCAGCCUGGCGGAACACCCGCGGGACGACAUGGGCCUGUUCCUGGAGCGCAAGAGCCGGACGGGCGAGCGAGCCGACGCACUCACCCUCACCCAGUUCCUCAAGGAGAGGCCCUGCUAACCAACACUACAACCACCAGUGUGCAGCCCUGCUAACCAACAACUCUUAUUAAAGAGACAGCCGU